AUGUGGAGCAUGGGAAGCCUCUGGCCUUGGGUGCUGGGUCUUCUCUCCUUGCCAGGUUUGAUCUCAGGAGCACCCUCAGUUUCCAACUGCCCAGGAGCCUGUGGUACCAGCUUCUCAGAAGGCCUCAACCUUGAGGGGACCCAGGUGCCCUGGGACAAGGACAUCCCUGCGAUUAAUCAAGGGCUCAUCCCGGAGGAAACCCCAGAGAGCAGCUUCCUCGUCGAGGGGGAUAUCAUCCGACCGAGUCCCUUUCGAUUAUUGUCAGCCACCAGCAACAGGUGGCCCAAGAGCAGUGGCGGUUAUGUGGAGGUUCCCUUCCUACUCUCCAGCAAAUACGAUGAACCCAGCCGCGAGGCCAUCUUGGAGGCAUUUGCUGAGUUUGAACGUUACACAUGCGUCAGGUUUGUCGCCUACGAGGGCCAGAGAGACUUUAUUUCCAUCAUCCCCAUGUAUGGGUGCUUCUCUGGUGUGGGACGCAGUGGAGGAAUGCAGGUGGUGUCCCUGGCACCUGCCUGUCUCCGGAGGGGCCGGGGCAUCGUCUUGCACGAGCUCAUGCACGUGCUGGGCUUCUGGCAUGAGCAUGCACGCGCUGACCGGGACCGCUAUAUACGAGUUAACUGGAAUGAGAUCCUCCCCGGCUUUGAAAUCAACUUCAUCAAAUCUCAGAGUAGCAACAUGCUGACGCCCUACGACUACUCCUCUGUGAUGCACUAUGGGAGGCUAGCCUUCAGCCGGCGAGGGCUUCCCACCAUCACACCGCUCUGGGCCCCCAGCGCCCACUUUGGCCAGCGAUGGAACCUGAGUGCCUCAGACAUCACACGGGUCCUCAGGCUCUACGGCUGCAGCUCAAGUGGCCCUGGCCUCCGUGGGAGAGGGUCCCAAGCCCACACCACUGGCAGGAGCCCUGCUCCUGCCUCCAGAUCAUCCCUGCAGCGGCUUCUGGAGGUACUUUCAGCGGAAUCUGGGAGCCCCGACCCCAGUGACUCUGGUGCUGGAGGCCAGCAUGUUCCUGCGGGGCCUGGGGAGGGCCCACGUGGCUGGGAGUCCCCUGCCCUGAAGAAGCUCAGUGUGGAGGCCACAGCAAGGCUGCCUCAGACCCUAGCUUCCUCGCCAAGGUCAAGGACUGGAGCAGGCUCACCUGAUAUUGCCCUGGAACAGUCCUGGCUGGCCCAAGUACCCACUGAACCCCCAGCCCCAUCUCCAGAAGCAGACCAGCCAGCACUUGUCCAGGCUGCCUUGGGGAGCCCAGCUCUGCCAGGAGGCUGUGUACCCAGAAGUCACUUUAGAGGGAUGUCCGGAGAUUAA